AUGGCUUGUAUUGUGUAUGUUUUUUUGGUGUAUAUGGUUGGAUGGGGAUUUACAUUUGUAUCAACUGGGUUAAAUUUAUGUAACUAUGGUGAAUAUAUUAAAAAUAAUAAAUGUUAUGAGUGUGAAGAAAACAAAUAUUCAAAUUUUAAAAAUGCUGAAAGUUGCUUUAGUUGUCCUCCGUCUAGUUACAACAAUAAAAGAUCUUCGAAAUUUAUACAUAGUUGCUCAUGUGAUUCAAAUUAUUAUUUGAAUUAUAUAGGGAAUAGGUGUGAUAAGUGCUCUGAUAUAGCUAGUAAUUUUUUCUGUGAAAAUAAUCUUAAUGAAUUAUAUGUAGAUAAUGUAGAAUAUUUUUUAAAGCUUACGAAUGAAAUAAGUUUUAAAAAUUAUGAUAGGUGCUCUACAAAAAAAGACAGAAAAAAUAUAUAUCCAUUUAUGAAUAAUAUUUUUAUUUAUUGUAAAACCCCAGGUGUUUGUUUAGAUACUUGUGGGAAAUGUUCAGAAAAUAAUGAAGGAUUUAUAUGUAAUAAUUGCAAAGAAAAUUAUUAUAAAAAUAUAUAUUUAAAAUAUUCUACAUGUAAAAAAUGCUAUCAUAUUAUAACUUCUAUAAUUAUUAUAAUAUUUUAUUGCUUUGUAUUUCUUAUCUUUCUAAUGAUACUAUUUAAGUAUGUAAACAUUAGUCUAUAUUUUUAUCAUUUAAAUAUUUAUAAGAAAGAAACAAUAUAUUUUUUACAUUAUUUUCGUGAAUUUAUGUUUUAUUUAUCUCUUAUUUUUUUGAUAAGUUUUUCAAAUGAUCUAACUGAAAAUGAACAAGAAAAUUCUAUUUCUUAUGAGCACCCAAAUAAAAAACAAAAGGGAUAUCCACAAUAUGACGAUUUAGAGAGUGUUCAUUAUGUUUUGAACAUUUAUUUGCAUAAUUUAUUUUUUGAUAUUAUUAAAGUAAUUCAUUUAAAUUUUUUAGAUUAUGUUAAUAUAGACUGUUUAUAUUUCCUUAAGACAAGUUCGAAGUUACACACAAUAGAAAUAUUUGUUUUUAUAUUUUUUGUGGUUCUAUUUGUUUGCUUAACAUUAGUAUGUAAUUUUAUAUUUUUAUACUUAAGAAGAAGUGUAAACAAGUAUGAUAGAGAUGUAGGAAUUAAUGUAAUUAAUUUGCUUAGUAGCUUGGAGGACUGUUCGGAAAGGGAAGAUAUCGAUAGGGUUCAAAGUAGUAAUGAAAAUAUAAAUAAGAAUGAUAAAAAAAGUGAUGUAAAUAAAUUCAAGAAAAUAUUGUUAUAUCCAUUUUUAUUUCCUAAUUUUUGUCAUUAUACUUUUGUAAAUGUAACUUUUUUUUAUGAUAAUGAUGUUGUAGAGUUUUUCAAAAAUUGUGUUCAAAUAUAUUAUUAUCAAUAUGUUCAUAUAAUUAUGUAUAUGAGUAGUUGUUUUAUUAUGUUUAUAUUUUUGUCGGGUUAUAUAUGUAUUGGUAUAUUUAAUUAUAAUAUAUCAUAUUAUGAUACAGAAACAUUGUGCUAUGAUAAUAUUCAUUUGAAAGUUACUAAAUAUAUGGGUAUAUUAAUAAUUUCGAUUUUUUGCUUUAUUUAUUAUAUAAUAGUCUUUAUUUCAAUUCUUAGAACUUCCUAUAUUUUAAGAGAAAAAUAUAAAUAUAAAUAUAUGUAUGGAUUUUAUACGUUUUUAUGUAAACAAAAUAAAUAUUAUUAUUACAUUUUUAGAACUAUAUUCAUAAAUUUAUUAUUUUUAAUGAAUAUGCAAUUGCCUAAUAAUUUAAACUGUCUUAUUUAUAUGUCUUUUGUUUUUAUUUUGCUCAUUUGUAUAACCAUGUUUUUAGAUCCUCAUAUUAAGAUAAAAGAAUAUAACAUAAAAUUAGAGAGUUUUUUUUUUAUGUUUUUAUUUUUUUUUAAUAUUCAAUUAGAACAAAUAAGAAUAGUAACAUAUAAUAUAGUGUUACGAAUUUCAUUGUCUAUAUUAACAUUGAUGAUAUAUUCUUUUAUAUUGCUUUAUUAUUUAUUUUAUAUGUUAAGGGAUGUUUAUAUAUAUUUUAGCUUAUAUAAAUAUUAUAUAAAAAAUAAAAGUAGUAUCAUUGAAAAAAAUGAGAAAGGUUGUAAAUAUUUGGAGUAUUAUAUUUAUUACUAUUUAAAGAAAAGGGUGAAUAUAAACAUGUCGAACAUUGAUAAAGAUGGAAAAGAGGAUGCAGAUGAUUUAUGUAGAGACAAUGCUGAUGAAGAUUCAUUAUUAGAAAAUUGUGAUGACCCUCAAACGAAUUUUUUAUCAAAAAAGGACAUAAAAUAUAUUUACUAUAAGUGUGUGUUUAUAUCUCCCUUCAUUCCAGAAACAAUUAUUCAGUUGCUGUUCAUAGUGAAAAACAUAAACCAUAUUAUUCAUUUAAGAAAAAACAAAUCAAAUGAUGAAAUAUAUAACUUCAUAUUCGAAAAUGGCUACAUAGAAAUUCAAAAAACAUCUAUUGAUAGAUUUUUAUCAAAGGCAAAAUAUAUUUUUAUUAACAAGUUCCAAGGGAAUUAUAAAUUAUUUAAAGAAGCAAUGAUAAGAAUGUUCUCAAAACUAGUUAGGAGUAUAAAAUGCUACAAAGACGUAAAUUACGAAUAA